UUUUUAAACGCCAAUUUCAUUGUUUUGGUUCUGUUCUAUCCGAGAUGUCUGCUGUCUGAUCAAAAAAUUUUAAACACAAUUAAAUUAAGAAAUGUAGCAUGGUUAAAAAAUUUUAGUGGUUUACAGAGCUUUUUUUAAUCAAUCUAAAAAUGAUUCCACAGAGAAAAUUGUGCAAUCUGGUGCAAACAAGAAAUUUUUUCAAGUUUCUUCCGUCUACUGAAAAGUCACCAGAGGCUGUGUCUGUAAAAGCUGUAAGGAAUUCGUUUGGAAAAUAUAAUCUUGUCGAGCCUUGCGCUGUCUCUGCAAGAAGAACAGUGCCAUCUUAUAUUCCAAAACCAUCUUACGCAGAGUCUUCAGUUCCUGGAGAUCCUCCAAAAACUCCAGAAAUCAAGAAUAGUAACCAAAUUGAAUGCAUGAGCCACAGUUGCAUUCUCGCCAAGCGAAUUCUUAACCAAAUUCCUGCUUUCAUCAAGCCAGGUGUAACGACAGAUUUAAUCGAUGAGAAAAUCCACGAUAUCAUAAUAAACAAUGGAGCUUAUCCAAGUCCUUUAAAUUAUCGAGGGUUUCCAAAAUCAAUUUGCACAAGUAUAAAUAAUGUCGCUUGUCAUGGAAUUCCGGACAAUCGACCACUCCAAGAAGGAGACAUUUUAAAUGUAGACAUUACAGUUUUCCUGAAUGGGUAUCACGGAGAUUGUUCAGCAAUGUAUCAAGUAGGAAAUGUUGAUGAAGAGGGAAAAAGAUUAAUUUCUGCGACCGAAACUUGUCUUCUGGAAGCGAUAAAAAUCUGCAAACCAGACGAAAAUUUCAGUAGUAUCGGUAGCGUUAUUGAAGAAACUGCCAAAAAACAUGGAUUCGGUGUAAUUCCAGCUUUCGCUGGGCAUGGAAUCGGAACUUAUUUUCAUGGACCCCCUGAUAUUUUACAUUUUGUGAACAAUGUCGAGGGGAAAAUGCAGGCAGGAAUGACGUUCACGAUCGAGCCUAUUUUGACUCAAGGGGGUUCAGAAAUCGAAAUUCUCGAAGACGGAUGGACUGCCGUGACCACGGACGAUGCGAGAACCGCUCAAAUUGAACACACGAUACUCAUCACUGAAACGGGCUGUCAAAUUCUUACACAAUAGAAAUGUAGUAAAAUUGCAAUAAUUAAACUGGUCAAUCUGAAA